CGCACGCCGGCCGCUUUCCACACUGCGCUCGCGCCGCGCAUAACGGGCUGACGUGCUGUCGCGAGAGGUUGUCUCGCGCUCGCGUGUGUUGUGUAUUGUUGCGUGUGCAGUGUUCGAAUUUCAAAUUUCAAAUCGUCCUACCACAGACUACAGAUCGUUCGGACACACAUUGUGGCAUCAUUAUUAUAAACCUAGGAACUGGGAGUGUGUGAUCCGACCGUAUAUUUCAAAAGAUGAUCAGAUCGGGGUAGCAUGGGGCAGGCGGGCAGCCAGCCGGCGGAGGGCCGGCCGCGCCGGGUCCACACGCUGCCGAGCGAGCCGCUGCGACACGCACCUAAAGUGCUCCCAUCGCUAACAGAGUCUCCCCGCUUACGGAGCACAGACAAUGGUGCCAUCCUGCACUCCGGCGGCACCAUCAGCGGCCGCCGACCCGUCUCCAUGACUGUGGAUAGGACACCACAUGGCCACGUGCAUUCCAAUAUAUACCGGUCGCGGUCAGCUGGUGGGGCGGAAUGCGAGUUCCGAUCGGAAAGGGAGAUGCUGCAUCGCUCGCACACCAACCUGGACAUCCGGCGGAGUGAUUCAAGCUUAAACAAGAGGUUUGGGUCGGAGCCGGACCUCAGAGAGGAGGAGCAGAGGCCGAGGUGUAACAAUAAACACUUCCGCAAGAAGUACCGUGCACCCCCACCACCAGCUAACGAUCACUGUGAAGGAUCGUCGCCAGAUUGCGUCGAUGGAAAUGAAAAACGUGAACCUCAGAAGAAAUUGAGACUCUUCCGUACAAGAAAUGAGACUAAAAAACUGAAUCCACUGAAACUAGAAACGAAACCCGCCUACAGAAGUACGUACACCGACUUCAAGUCACUUGACUUCACCGACACGUCUUUCGAGAGACGAUACAGAUCACCGUGUAAGGACAAGGAUCACCUUAAAUAUCCAGAUAAUGUAGAUAUGCUACAGACAACUACUUCUUUAAAGAGAGAAGAAAGGCUGUUGCAAGGAAGACAAGAUUACAGGAACAAAACAGAUCGAGUGAGCGGAUGCCGGGCUAAAGCAUCAAAAACAAACGAAAAUAACGAAGCGUGGAAAACACCACUUUUGAACAGGAACUUUAGACAUUCCGAGAGAUUUAGCAAAACUGAAUUUCAAUUACCUUCUCUGAGAAGAGAAAAAACAUUUGAUAAUACGCUCGCGAUAAGUGAAAGUGAAUCUCCAAGAACUACGCAUGAAAGUAGGCUGAAAGCUGUUGGAGACCAAAUUACAGCAAACAAACUAGAUAGCAAGUCGCCUUUGAGAAAAUCUCUUCCUUCAUUAUUGCACAGAAAUAAUGAAGAAAAAGAUGAAUUUCAAAUGGAACUCAAGAAGGCAACGAGUAGAAUAAGAAACGAGUUAGUUAGUAAAAGUAAUGUUAGUACCAAAACUAGUCAGAAUGAUAAAACGAAAGUGAACCCAACGAAAACACAAGUCAAAGAGUCUAGUCUUAACUCGAAAGAUUGGAAACCAAGUAAUGUUAGACGACCAUUGAGUCGGAUCAAUGAGAUUAAAACUAAAACCGUCGAAGAUAAAGCGAAAUGUACGGAUGCAAAGAAAUCUAACACAGAUAGAAAAGAAAAUGUUAAAACCUUACCCGACAGAGGACAAGCGUCUGGAAAAGAAUCUACGCCCGAACAUUCACCUACGAGGAUAAAAGAGCCUCUUGCUAAACCACAAGAAAAACAAAAAGCACCUUCGAAGCAUUUCUACUUCGGCAUGAUAGAAAGCAAGCAAACAGAAACCCAGGAUCAUUUGAAAGACUUCCCGGGUCUCGGCAGUCCCAUCAUCGAGGAGUUCAGCAACUUCCACCUGAUCGAGAAGAAACUCCUGGGCUACCAUGAAGAAGAUGAAUUGGAUAAGUUCAACGAGAGAUUGAAACAAAGCUGUAAAAGAAAUCUAUCAUCGGAGUCAGCGCUAUCCUCCGGGUCGGAAGGCUCGUGCUCUGAGGGCUCGCUGGGCAUCGCUCUGCGCCUGCGCCCCACACUGCCCAAAAAGAUGCCCAACGCGCCUCGCUUCUCGCCCGCCGCCGCGUGGAGGCAGCUGGCCAGCUUGGAUGCUCAUCUUGCUGAAACUCGGCCACUUGCCGUAGAAGUAAAGAUGUCUGCAGACAUAUCGGGCGACUCGUCGCCUCGCUCAGAACAAUCCGCGGAUAAAUCUGGAGAUUCCGGUAUAUCUGGUGACCACGCACACAGCGAUCAUCGGAUAGACUCGCCGUCCAGACAUCAUGUGGCCCCCGACGCGACGUGGACCCCGCAGCAGGACCUGGGCGACAGCGGGUCGGAGGGCGCCGCGCCCGCGCCUGCGCGCCGCGACGACAAAUUUAAAGGCAUGUCGUGUUUCUACGAAUGCUUUCAGGGGAAACCAAUGCAGCACGGCUUCAACAGUCUCCAGAAGUUUCGGAAGUCCGUCUCCGGUGCAUUGGGAGCGGCGCUGGGUUCUAGAAAGUUCGAUCUGGAACAUGAACCGAUGCUGAAUGAGCCAGAACAGAACUGGUUCUUGACGAAAAGCGCGCCAAAUUCCCUCAGCAACCCCAUGCUGUUCCAGCCGCUGAGGGUGAAAAAUGAAGAGAUAAAGGAGGAGUCAGAGAUGUUAGAAAAGGAGGAGAGCAGCAUGUGGCGCGGGUCGGCGGCGCUGUGCUGGGGCGCGCACGUCAUGUACCUGCCACCCGCGCCCGACCAGCCGCACUCGCUGCCCGCGCCGCUCGACCGACCUGUCAGGAGCAAAUCGAGCGGUUGCCUGGAGACGGCGGCGCGCGCAGCCCGCGCGGCGCGCGCGGCGCUGGCGGGCGAGAUGCGCGAGCGCGAGCGCUCCGCGUCGCCGGAGCUCGCGCGCGCCGUGCCCGCCCGCGUCGAGCCAGUCACUCGCUCGAACCCGCAGCCCCGAAGCAAGCGGUUCACGUUCCAAUCGACAGUCAGGCAAUUGGAAAGGCGGCGACUUGCUGAGAAGCUGUCCAAGGAGGCAGAUCUGAAGGAGCAGCAGAGGAAAACCGAGCUGGAAGCAAUGAGGAGGGUAGAAGAAGAGUUCCAACGCAAGCGUGCGAGAGAGAAGGCGAAUAUAAGACAACAACUGCGCCUCGUCAGCAGCGGCGCUAACAGCAUGCCGACCUCAAACCAUCAGAAGUCUCGCGACGAUCCCGAUGGUUCCUGCCGCGAGUCUCCGGAGAGGAAUCGAGAUAAGAAUAGAACAAGCAAUGGAUCUGAUAUCAGUGGCCGGAGCAAGAGUUCCACACCGGUCCUCAGCGUGGAGCUGUCGGAGUGGCGCACGGGCGGCGCGGGCGCGGGGCGGCGCGUGUACCGCGACUGGAGCGCGGCGCCGCUCGCGCCGCCGCUCGCGCACGCGCACCCGCCCGCCUGCGCGCGCAUGCCGCUCUCGCACCACCCGCACGCGCACGCGCACGGUGUAGAAGGCUCCACAUUCAGCGGCAGCCCGCGCUCCGACAACUACCGGCUGGAGUUCGCGCUGGGCGGGCGCUCCCCGCGCUCCCCCCGCUCGGGCCGCUCCCCGCAGUCGCCGUGCACGCCGCGGCCGCCGCGCCUGCUCGCCACGCGCUCGCCUUCCACCUCCGGCUCGGAGAUAUCGCUGCGACAGCCUAUUAAAAUCAGUGAAACCACAAAAGAAGACAUUGAAGAGCCAAUAAUUGUACCAACAUUGCGACCGACCCGACCAGCGCGCGCUAGUGUCGCCAUUCGAUAAAAAAUAUUCGAGUUUGUUCUAAACCACAUUACGUACUGAGUCUAAAAACAUUUAAUAAAAAAAAACAAAUGUUGUUAAAAAAAAUAACAUAGAUGCUGUUUGUGACUGGCCAGUAUACCUUUUUAGUUUACGACAUAAUAGGGCUGUCGGCGUCGCAGGUCUUUUUUGCAUAAUUCUUAAUUUUGUCAUGAUUUACCGAUACCGUUUGUGAAAUAAAAUUAAUCCAUGUCAAGUCUUAUAGAUGGCAACUGGCGAAAUAUUAAACAAACUUUCUACUAAAAAUAUUUGAAGUUAAAAACAUUUGACAUGUCAAAAUCGGUUUCCAUAAAUGAGAACACAAACAAAAAACGAACAUAUAUAUUAUUUAUACUCGACUACGCCAGAAUCAUUACGUAUUAUGUUUAUAGUGAAGUUUCACAAGUUACAAAUUGGUCAGUUAGUAAUUAUCUUUUUGUUUUUCUAACCUGAUUUUAAUACGAGACAAAAAACCGCCAAAAUUUGGUGCUAUGUUAACUUGCACUUAGCAAUAGAACUAUUUAGACUGUGUUCAAACUAAUGUUUUGUAAUUAUAUUCUUCAAUCUCUUAUUAUUAAUGAAAUGUUAUAGUUAUAGCAUAAAAUAUUUGGAGAGAUUAUAAUAUUAAGUAUCGUAAGUUAUUCUUAAGCUGAUGUAUAAUUUGAUAUAUAAUUAAGUUUUCUUUACUGUUACUUACUGAUUUAUACAAUGCAAUCGACGUCAAUUGAAGCAAAAGUACUGAAGCUUUAAACAUAUUAAUAAAUAACUAAUUCUUAAUUUACGGUGCUAAUUAAAUUAUUCGCUGUAAUCUUUUCUUAUAUAAUAAUAAGGUUGUAUAUUUUUUAUUACUUAGAUACCAUUAUUUUUAGACGAUAUACCAUAUUUCUUAUUAUACUUAUUGAAAUAGAUGUGGUCAUUUGUAAAAAUCAAUAUUUGUUGAAAGUUGCCUCAUAAAUAUCAUCACCAAUUUCAUAAUCAGAUUAAUAUUAUAUUUCGGGAAAUUCAGCAUUUAAAGAAUUGUGUAAUGCUCAGAAGGAUCAAUUAAAUAACAUAGAAUAUAAUACAGAAGUCGAUACAAUCAACGUGGAAAUUAAAAAAAAAAAAGUAUGUUUGAUUUGACUUGUUUAUUCAAGAGUUCUAAAUAAAAAUACCUUCGAGUUUCCACGUUUGUGUAUUUACUAUUGCAACUAUCCAAUUAUAUAGCGACUGGCAACACGAAAGGGGUCAUAAAACGAUAAAUAUCCAUGCGAUAAUGACCAUGCGUCCAGGUCAAAUGUGACCAAUUCCAUUUUGAUCGAUUAUGGUAUAACAAACUGUUUUCUUUAAUUGUAUUAAUCAAAUAACUUUACAAUUACUUAUUAAAUGAUUACACCACGUUCAAUUUUAAAUAUCUUUUUACAUAAACUAAGGUCUAGAUCUAGUAAAGUCAGAACUGGGACCACAUGAUAAGUUCACUCGGUAGAAAGUUAUAAGAUAACAAACACAGUCGAAUUGAGAACCGCAUUUUUUUAAGUCGGUUAAAUAUGCGCAAGGCGUGUUGGAUAGAAUUCAUUUCAUUUUCAUUCAGUCAUUUGGUACCAUUUUAUAAUUUGGCAUGGUACCUCCCCCUCCUUCUCCUCCAGGGACGUCUUACCUCUUUUGUAGACGAGAAUUAUUAAUACCAUAAUUGAUACAUUGUAUUUAGAACGUUGCUAGUUGUUGUGUUCUUAUCAAUGACCAGAAUGCAGGUGCAAUAAUAAUGAUUAUAUUAAGACUGCCUAUGUUUUAUACCAUAAACCACAUAAGCUCAACGGUAUACAAUAAGUAUCAAUCGUAUAACUUGUAUAAUUAUAUCACGGUGAAUGUAUAUAGCUGUAAUUGUAUAAGACCAGAAAUACAUGUAUUUACAAGA